AUGGCUGCCUGUAUUCGACGCAACAUUACAGCAGUUCUGAAGGGAAUACAAACCUAUACGAGAGAAGCAACGCAAUUAAUGGGUAAAGAUGUGGACGAAGGAAUAUGUGAGAGAUUAAGGUCAAAGAAACUGGACUUGGAAUCUGCCAUAGCACGAAUUGUUGAAUUGGACACACAGUGGACUGAUAUUAUAAAUAGUCUUGAUGUAACACAAAGAAUGGCUGAAGAAUCUAUUUACAUGAAUUUCCCGCAUGGAGAAACUGGUGGAUUAGAAGACGGACAAGAGGUUCCCCUUUCCAAAAGGCAUUUUUUGGACCAGAAUGAGUUUGCUCGUGAAGUCCUAAACAUGGUUUCGGAAAUGCUUAACACCCUGGAACGCUCUCGAACCAACUCUCGUCAGUCGGCGCUGAGUGAGAGUAAUCAUAGCGUAGAUUUGAAUGAGGAGACAAAUAAUGCUAGAACUAACCAUUUGGAUGCUAGGAUGAAUAACACUGGAAUAAACCAUUUGGAUGCUAGGACCAACAAUUCUGAGAGGAAUAAUGCAAACUUACCUGUUUACCACGCACUGCAACCGCCCUUCUUGCAACCACGAGUGAAUCUUCCGCCACUUCACUUGCCGCAUUUCUCUGGUGAUUCAAAAGACUGGCCAACCUUCUGGCAAAUGUUUUCGUCCACGAUCGAUAAUGAACCAAGCUAUAAUAAUGUGGUGAAAAUGAACUACCUGCUAUCUCUCUUGGACGGACCAGUUCUAAACGUGGUAGCCGGUUACCUUCCAACAAAUGAGAAUUACCCGCGUGUGGUGGAACUAUUAAAAACUCGAUUUGGGGACUCAAAAGUAUUGAAGGAAGCGUUGCAAUCUGAACUGUACCAUCUUGCGCCAGCCAAUGACUCCGUAAUAGGACUUCGGAAAUUUUUGGAUGUAAUUGAGCGUGUAUGUCGGCAACUGAGUGAUUAUGGGAUCCAAGACGAUUCAUGGAUUAUCUUUGCUCUGAAGGAAAAGCUACCCAAAGGGAUACUAGCCAAAUUGAUUGAAAAGGAGAAAAUGGCAGGAAAAACUUGGAAGAUUGAAAAUUGGAGAUCAGAACUUAACCUGCUCAUAUCAGUAAAAGAGGAAGUGCAAAGAUGUACGGUUAAUAAAGAAACCGAAGGACCGCCGCGAAGAGAAAGACGUCCAUUUUACCAGCCAGAGCCUACUCGUUCAUUUCCAGUGGCUAACCAACCGAGAUCGUCCUGUUGUUCUUUGUGCCAAGGAAACCAUUUUCCUAGCGAAUGUACUAAAUAUGGAAAUACGCAAGCCAGAAAGGACCGUUUAUUGGAACAGAACCGUUGCUUGAAAUGCUUAAGAGAGGGUCACCGAGCCAAUGACUGCCCGAACCACCGUCGCUGUAGUAGAUGCCAGGGACCUCACCACCUUUUGGUAUGCUUUUCGCGAGAUGUCAAGAGCCAAAACCGACCCAAAUUUGUUGGAUCUGCUCAGAGAAUGUUCUUUCAGCCUAGUCGCCCUGAACCAGUUGCUAACCCAAGACAAUUUACUCAGUCAAUAUGGGGAAGGAGGGACGAACCGCACCUUAUGGAUCAUGGGACAAGAUGUGACGCCAACUUGCCAGCGCCUAAAGAAAAUUCUGUGGUAGCAACAGUAACGAAUGCCAAAAAUAAACCAGCUGCGUACCUGAUGACAAAGAGAUUAAUGGUUACUGCCCGAGGGCGUAAAGAAAAAAUCCCCGUCUAUGUGUUCUUUGACACUGGAAGCCAGACGAGUUUUGUUUCACGCCGACUGGUGGAAAGACUCAACCCGCCAAGGGGCCGCGAAAUUGACCAAUUGGAAAUUCAUGGAUUUGGAGGUGCUUCGUCUAACCCGCUGAAAAUUCGAUCACCCACGUAUAUGGUUAAAAUACAAAGAGAGGAUGGAUAUUGGGAAGAAAUAACCUUAAAUUGUACCGAAGAAAUUGCCACUCCAUUUGAGAUGAUAAAUUUUGAUGAAUUCUUCUACAACCGUACUGGGGUUGAUAGCCUGGAAAUCGUGAAAGAAAAACCAGAUAUCAUGAUUGGGAUUAAACAAUUUUGGAAAUUCUUUGUGUCAAAAGGGAAAGAAAUAUUGCCUGGUCUUCACUCUAUCCGUACUGUUUUUGGAACAAUGACCGCUGGCGAAACUAAUUUUGGACGCAAUUCGAACAAGAAAUCUAUGUCUCUGGUGGCAGUAAAUGCGAGUAAGAAUGAACCUCUUCCAACGCCUGACACUGUUGAAGAUUUCCGGAGUAUGGAGUCUCCCGUGCAAAAUCAUGCUAAGGCAGAAGCUAACCUAAAUCCACGUCCAAUCUCGACAAUCUCGGAGGAAGCUGUCGCGCCGCUGCCUUUAAGGCCUAAUGAUUUGGUGGUACCACAUGGAGAAUUUCCUUUGAAGAUUGACUCAGCCGAUCAAAACCAGUUAGUAAAACAUCCGAUAGCUACAGUGGCAAAGGCUAAACUGGCAGCAAGUACAUUGGUGGCACUUUGUCUUGUUUGCGUCAUGGUCUUUGGUCCAACUGGAAAUCAAAGAAUGGAAAUAUGUUGUGAUGAAUCCCCCACUGAGAUGCUUUUGACUGACUAUCCUGGUGUGGCCAAAUUUUGGAAAAGCUCGCUAGAAAAGUUUUCGACAGAGAUGACAUGCCCAGCUUUAAACAAAUGCUUAUUACUGAACUCAACCUUUGGCAUCGAUAUGAUAGUGAACCCUUCGUGCAAUCCUAGCCUUGCUUUUCUUUGGGCACUUGUUACUCUGACCGCGUUUUCUGGACUUUGUUCUGUGCUUACUCUUUGCCGAUCUUAUCGUAAAAACUUUCGAAUGAUUGUGGCUAUUGGAAGGAUGGGAUGUCAAUGCUGGAGACGGACGAAAAGAAAGACUGCUUAUACGAGGGCACGCACCAGAGAAACAAUCCGAAAUAAAACAAAAAGCUCAAUACAUAACCGUUUCGCAAACUGCUGCCAUAGAGGACAAACUGGAAUUCAAUGCGUCUUCAAUCACGCUGCUACACUCACUUUAUGGCACGGGGGACAAUCUGAUGCUAUGAUGAUCCGAGAUGACAGAAAGAAACAAUUGAAGAAAAGAAAAACCAUUGGGGGCCCGGGAAUGUCGCGAAAGGCGACAAUUAGAAUUUAA